CAGAAAUUUACACACAAAUAAAGUUACAAUAUCUUUUUUACAAUAAGCAGAAAAUUAAAAUUUUACAGUAAUCAAAAUUGUUUAUUUGAUUAAUACCAAGUUAAAUCGUCAAAAUCAUAAUUUAGUGUUACCCUUUUAAAACAAAUCUAAUAUCUAUAAGUAUCCUUGUUUUUGUGUUGCUUUUUUUUAUAUUUUUUUUUUGAGAAAAUGGUUAGUAGAUUAUUCAAUUUCAAUACUUAUCUGAGUCACUUGUCGAAAAUGAAACCAAUAAAUAUUAGAAGAACUUCAAAUAAACCAAAGAUAGAGACACUAAAUAGGAAUGAUUCUUUUCAAUUGACAUAUACUACCUCAGUGGCUCUAGAAAAUCGUGUUGAAAUAGAUUGCUAUUCAAAAGUAUCUCAAACAGAAACUUUAGAUGAUAAAUAUUUUAAUUUAAAUUAUUAUGAUCCUCUCCAAAACAUUAGCUUGAGAAAUCCAUUGAAUUUAAAUAUCCCUUAUAAAGAUUUCGAUCUAUUAAUAUUGGAUAGAAAACAUUCAAAAUUAUCUAAUGUCUUAACAACUUUGAAAAACUAUGAAAAAACACAAACUCGUAUUCUAAACAAGGAUAAUAAUCAACUUGAGAAAGAAUUUUCUAGUCUUAAAAUUUCUAAUCCUAAAAUUGUUGAAGGUUCAAACGAUGAUUUAAUUGAUCAAGUAGUAAUGAGUCUUCCUGGGCUUAAAAUUGAUGAUAAUAUAAUGACUAAUUCAAAUACUAAAAAUGAAAGUGAAAAUAAAAAUAAAAACAAAAAUGAAAAUGAAAAUAAAAAUAAAAAUAAAAAUAAAAAUAAAAAUUUUAAACUUCAACCAAAUAUUGUGACCACUAGAGGCUGUUUGGCACGACUUGCUGCUUGUGGUCUUUCAGAUCUCCUUGAUUUCACUUUUAACGUUUGUUAUUUUGAUAAAUCUAUCUAUAUUUCAAAUGAUAACUACAGAGAAACCGAAAAAAAUUUAUCUGAUUGGCAAAAAAAAAAUACUGUUUCUGGUUACGUUUUUGAACAAUUAUUAGCAGUGAAAAGCCCAGAAUCUAUUGCAAAACUUGAUAGUAAAACCAAAAUGGAUAUAAUAUCUAGACAGAAGAAUCCAAAUAACAGUGAUGGAUUUAAUUCACUUACAACAUUUAACAUUUCAUAUGAUCACAAUCACCAAACUAAAAAAAACAACUCGAUUUCGUUUUUAUUGAAAUCUGAAAUAGAUUGUGCCUAUGAAUCUCCCAUUACUCAAAAAGAAAAAGAAGUGCCUGCUACAAAAAAUUAUCUUGAAUUGAAAUGCAUUUCCAUUUCAUCGUACGUUCUUCAAUCAAUUACUGGGGAGUUUACUUUUGAAAAACUUAUCAAACUCAAGUCAUUCUACAGGGAAAGAUUGCUAAACUAUUAUUUUCAAUGUUAUUUUUCCGGUGUUGAUGCACUUGUUGUAGGAUUUAGAAAUGAAACAAAAUUGUUCAAAGUUGAAAAGUUUACUUUGGGAGAAAUAGAAAGACUAAUGCCAAAACAUUAUGUUCCCACUUCUCUAAACUGGUUUAUCAAAGUCAUUACCUUUUUAAUAGAUAACAUAAAGAAAGAAGAUUUUGCGACAUAUAAAAUUAAAUUACAAAGAGGAAGCGGUGAUGGAAGCCAUUUGCAAUUGAUUCCUAGUGAAAACGAGGAAGAGAAGGAAAAAACCAGGCGCUUGGUUCUUAGCGAUGAGUUUGUUCAAUACAGACAAAGUUUAAACUGA